AUGUCUGCGACUCAAGUGGAAGAUGGCUUUCUGUCUUGCAGAAACUGGUCUUCUAAUAUGACAGUGAAUGGAACUCAGGACCCCUUUGGAAACCCCCUCACAGACUAUGAUGAGGAAGAAUUUCUGCAAUAUCUCUGGGAGGAAUAUUUGCAUCCUAAGGAAUAUGAAUGGGUACUAAUUGUUGGCUAUAUUAUUGUAUUUCUUGUGGCUCUCAUAGGAAACAUCCUUGUUUGUGUUGCAGUGUGGAAAAACCAUCACAUGAGGACUGUUACCAAUUACUUCAUAGUCAACCUCUCCCUGGCUGAUGUCCUGGUCACCAUCACUUGUCUUCCUGCAACACUAGUGGUGGAUAUCACAGAGACGUGGUUCCUUGGCAACAGCCUCUGCAAGGUGAUCCCUUAUUUGCAGACUGUGUCAGUCUCUGUUUCUGUACUAACCCUUAGCUGCAUUGCGCUGGAUCGAUGGUAUGCAAUUUGUCACCCACUGAUGUUCAAAAGCACAGCCAAGCGGGCCAGGAACAGCAUCAUUGUUAUCUGGAUUGUGUCCUCUCUUAUCAUGAUCCCCCAGGCAAUUGUUAUGGAGUGCAGCAGCAUGUUUCCGGGAUUAGCUAACAAGACUGUCUUAUUCACUGUCUGUGAUGAGCAUUGGGGAGCUGAAUUCUUCCCCAAAAUGUAUCAUAUUUGUUUCUUCCUGAUAACUUAUCUGGCCCCGCUGUGUCUUAUGGUGCUGGCCUACUUACAGAUAUUUCAAAAGUUGUGGUGUCAACAGAUUCCAGGAACGUCAUCUGGAGUUCAGAGGAAAUGGAAGCCUCUGCAAUCAACAGCACAAAUCCGGGGACUGGGGCCACCAGCACAUUUGAGGAUUAGUGCGGCGGCAGCUGAAAUCAAACAGAUUAAAACCAGGAGGAAAACAGCACGGAUGCUCAUGGUGGUUCUUUUGGUUUUUGCCUUCUGCUAUCUCCCCAUUAGCAUUCUCAACAUCUUGAAAAGAGUUUUUGGGAUGUUCAACAAUGCUGAAGAUCGAGAAACUGUAUAUGCUUGGUUUACUUUCUCCCACUGGCUUGUAUAUGCAAAUAGUGCAGCAAACCCAAUUAUUUAUAACUUUCUUAGUGGAAAAUUUCGGGAAGAAUUCAAAGCUGCUUUUUCUUGCUGCUGCUUUGGCGUUGGCCAUCACCACAAUGCCCCACCCAGAGGAAGGACAAGCAUGGAAAGUCGGAAAUCCUUGACGACCCAGACCAGCAAUUUUGACCAUGCCGCAAAGCUCUCAGAACAUGUUGCCUUGACCAGUAUAGGCUCACUGCCCCCAAACAGCACCGGAUCUGUUCAGAGCUGA